AUGCGUAUCGUUACCUUUCCGCCAACGAUCAACUCAAAACGAACCGUUCCUCAUAUACUGUUGCUGAAAAAAUUGAGAUUAUUGCCUAUGCAAAUAUUCAUGGUAUGGAUAAAAGAUGCUUCUAAAUUUCAUCAUGCAUUAAAAAAAUGUCGACGCGUCGGUUCUGAUACACCAACAGCAUAUCCGGCUGCUAAAGAAGCACUUGUAAAAUGGAUUUUGGAAUUUCGUCAAAAUGGGCUCACUGUAACAAUGAAUAUGAUAAAGGAUCAUGAAAAUCUUAUUGGCAAACGACUUUGCUGA